UUACAACGAUCAUAUCACUUUGCGUACAAUCGCGGAGUUGAUAGAGGGGAACCAGAAAAAGAAGCCAACACACCACCCACCAAACCCAUCGUCGGUUUGGCCACACCGUCACCAACGCCAUGUCUGCGUCACCACGCAAGCCCGGAACACCCAAAUCUUCGACUGCGGCGGAGAGCUCCUCGGCUAAUGGUUCGCCUUCGCGGAGUCAUACUCGAUCUCCCAGCGCCGCGACAAAUGGCUUGACUCGUACUCCCUCCGGCCGCCAACCCGUUUCUGCGCGUGCUGCUGCCCGAAGGCCAACCCGCUCCAAUCUCAGCAUGUCGUCGAGUAUCCCGAAAGUGAAUAAUGACCCGUCGGAGGAGGAGGCGCGGGCUCAGAAUGCCGCUCUCAUUGAGGACUUGAAGGAGCAGUUGCAGAAGGCGGAGACGGCCUCCGAGCAGUACCGGAAGCAACUCGGGGUCUUGCAGAUGAAACUUGACGAGGCGGUUAGCGAACAGGGGAAAUUAGAAGAUCAGUCUCACGAGAGGGAGAGCAAGAUUGAAGCGUUGAAUGGUGAGAUUCGUGAGCAUGUUCGCCAGAUCCGGGAUCUGGAGCAGUCUCAUGAAAUGGAACGGAACGCUAUGCUACAGGAGAAGGAACAGCAGGCCAGCCGCGAGGAGGAGAUGCAGGCUACUAUCCAACGAUUGAAGGAGUCUGUGGCACAGAAGGACAUGAAGAUUAAUGCUGAGAGUGGUAAGGAUGUGUCGCGCUCUUCUAGUUUCCGUAACCGGUCGUCCCCAGAAGUCGACGGACAGUUUGCGCCCUCGUCGCAACUCGAACGCAGCCCGUCGCGGAAUAACUCUAAGCUGCUCCUACAGAAGGACAAGUUGAUCGAGUCUCUCCGUCUCGAGCUGGCAGAGUCCCAGAUUAAGCUUGUGGAGAUGGAGAACAAGGGCGGUGGUCGUCAACGGGAACUCGAGAAGGAGCUCCUUGAGGCUCGCAUGGCCAAUGCUCGUCUGAUGGAGGACAACGAGAGCUACCAGUUGCUUCUGAGCGAGCGGACCCUCAACGGCGACUUUGCCAAGGGCGAGUUCAUGCGUGAACUUCACCCUGACACCCCUGAGCCAUCCGAGGCCGCCAACGAUUCAGGAAACAACCUGGGAUCCUUGGCUGAGGAGCUGGAAUCCAUGGACGCCAAGGCCGAAACGGACCACAUGCGCAAGCUCGAAACUGAGGUCCGCACCCUGAAGGACCAGAACAAGGCAUUGACCCUCUACAUCGAGCGCAUCAUCAGCCGCGUUCUUCAGCACGAGGGCUUCGAGACCAUCUUGGACAAGAACGAGAACGAUCCCCCGGCCAACGCGAAGCCGAAAAAUCCCAGCACCGAGAAGGAUCUCCCCCCGACCCCUCCUGAACACGACGAUAGCGGAGGGCAGUCCUUUCUUAAAAGAGCUAGAUCAGCUGUUGGACCGAAUCAGCCCCCGGCCAAACCUAGGUCCCGUCCAACUAGCGUUAUGCAACCACCUACAAGCAUCCCGUCAGGUCCUCCCACCGCUCACGAGAACCCAAAUACCGCACCUAGCAUCCCGCUCAACCGUGCCCAAUCCGUACGGCUUGGCCACCGUCGGGCUCGAUCUGACCAAGCAGAUGUCUCAGCCGCCACAGUCAUCGGCCAGAUAUAUCGCGGACGAAACUCCGGAGGUCCAGUGAGCCCCACAAUCAUGGGCCCCGGCUCCCGCCAGAGUCUCUUCGGCGGAAGUGUCAUGUCUUCGGGUAUGAGCAGCACUGGCCGUGCACCGUCACUGUCUAGUCAGCCCGAACGUAGCCGGUUGAGCAGCUCGGAAAGCGUCGCUAGCGACCUUCACGAGACCGCUUCUACUGGUGCAACUUCCAGCUCUCCUCGUUCCAGCAGCGGUAUGACCAACUACACCGGAGCGGUCAUGACCCAGAACAAGCUGCGUCCCUUGCGCUUGGUCAGUGAGACGCACAAGGCAGCUGAAGAAGAGGAACUUGCUCGCAAGAAGGCGAACCGGCAAAGCUGGAUCCCCUGGUUCAACCGUACGAACACGAACGAGUCCACGCAAUCCCCAACCUAAAGAUUACGUUUUGAUGCGGUCCGUUGAUGAUUGAUACAUUUACGCGUUUUAUUCGUUUUAUUCUAUUGGCUUUUCGAAUUUGAUAUGCCCACAUUUUUUCACUGUUAUCACGAUGUCUACCCCCUGCUGUACUUGAUCGAAGGUCAGGAAAGUUGGGACGUUAUUAUUGUUUUGGAAUACCCUGUUACUUACUCAUGGUUGCGAUGGUGCUGAGCCACUAUCAUAUGAUUCAUAUCCAUGCACAGGAGGAUUGUUUACGAUUGUCAAUUUUCUUUUGCAUUUUGACGAUGGAGACGCCACUUUUUCAUUGGAUUGUUGUCAUUAGAGUCGUCUUACGUUCUUUUUGAUAGACUCUUUUUGAUAGACUCUUUUUGAUGCUCCCCUGUUGCCGUUUAUCAGAUCAUAUGAAAUCCCUUUUGACGAACAUACGAAGUUAUUAUAUAUUGUUGUGGAUAGAUAGUUGAUAUUUUGCAGUAAUUAAAUCUCAGACUUGAC